AUGCUUGGAACUCUAUUGCUCAUAGCGUCUCUCAUUUCCUUAGCUUUUCUUGAUCGAAUCAUUUCCGUCCCACAGUUAUCAUCAUCCCAUACCAUUGAUCUGACGUUGUCCACGGUGUUUCUGACCUUUGCAAUUUUCAUUUCAGUUCAGGCGGUUCAAGUUGGAUUACGUGCUCUUAUCACUGACCGCGGGACCCCUACCGAACAAGCCGAAUGCAAUGCCUGGGCAGGCCGUCAUACCAAUUUUGCCUCUGUCCUCGGUACUGCUCCUGCAGCGAUGAUCUACACAAAUGAUGGUACAAAUGGAAUUGGCAGAAGAGCAGCAUUCGCAAGCUCCACAACCUUCGUGGUACAUUCUGCCACUGGCACGAUGAUUCUCUUUGCUACAGUCGGAAUUAUUUGGGCAUUGAAUUGCCGAAUUCCAUAUUCCCUUCUUGGCGACGAGCUAUACGAGUCAUCACCAUUAGCAGAAAGACAAGGAUUAGUCCAUGGGGUGCACAAUAUCAUGAUCUGCCUGCCUCAAAUCCUUGUCACGACGUUGAUGGCUACAACAUGGCUAAUUGCCGAGGCCGAACGAGACUUUGGAGGCGUGGGUUGGUUUUUUCGUCUCGCCGGUCUGUCUGCGUUCGUAGCGUUGUAUUUUACGACCAAGGUGCGCGAGCAAGACCACUAUGACGCCGUGGGACUACCAGAAGCAUAUAUUUUGGACGAAAUCUCGUUAUCAGCUGAUCUACAUUAA